AUGCAUUAUGACUAUCAUGUAGACGGUAUAAAAGGGUUGGCUGAAUCGGUUCUAGCAUUACUCCAGGACAUUGAGUUAGAAGGUGAUACUGACCUUGAUUUAUUUAAUAAAUUUAAAGAUGCAUUGAAAAAAGACGUCAUCCAAAAUCCCAGUUAUGGUUUAAUAGGUCUGCUUAGUGACAAUCUGAAGACCUGCAUUGGAUACGCCGGAGGGGAGCUAAUGGGUAGUGGCAUUGGUUACAAAUUGGUUAAUGGAUCAGUUUCCGCUUCUGCACCUAACAAGACGAUUUAUGCGUCCGCUUAUAAUCAAACCACAGCUACAUGGGAGAGCGUAAAAAGCAGUAACGUUAAUAUGGUCACUUGUGCCCAUAUAUUUCUCGGCUGUAUUCCCCUUAUAUUUUCGGGGUUGACUUAUCUCUACUGGCAAUUGAAUGCUGGGACCGGAGGGAGUUCUCCAGCAGUUAAAGAUGCUAGGUGGAGCAAUUAUAGCUUAGACGAUGUCAACGAGGAACUCGGACGAUAUAUGGAAUCAGUGGGAUACGAAACGAAGGAGCUGAGUACUAUGACUGCUGAGACGGUCACAAAGGUGAUGCAAAGUAUACGAAGCAACAACGUCGCGCUGACUUAUUCCGAGUACGUUUCAGGAUUGUUGACGACGGAUAUAACCUUGGUUCGAGCUUACUUAGGCGCGUCAUGUUAUUUCAAGGAUAUAAGAAAACGUGAAAAUUUUAAACAUAUGAAUCAUCCAACCAGUGUUCGUGAUAUGCUCUUCUGGUUUACGGCGUUGCCUCAAGCAUCAGUUUAUAGCAGACUUAACCCUGAAAAUUUGCUUAACUUAACAGGAAAGAAGGACAUUAAGUUCAUCAAAGGACCAAAUGUAGGUGAUAUUUUAACUGUAAACGUCGACCUAGUCCCUUCAUACAUCUUCACAUCGUGUUUGAAUGCCGGUUUAUUGUUACUGCGAAUACAAGGUCAAUUACGUGGUAACAGAGAACAAUCGAAAACUUCCGUACCGUACGCCGCAUUUCUACAUCAAGUUUAUUCGAACAAUUACCUGAAGUUAUACUAUCCAUACAAUAUAUCCGAGUUAUUCGGGGUGCUCUGGGAAAUGGUAACUAUCCUCUUUUUUCAACUCAAAUUUUUAAAAAUACAAUGUACAACAUGCAAUAGUGUAGCUUGUGGGUGGCGAUGGUGUAAUUACGGUAAAGGCAUCCAGGACGGUGAAAUUAACUCAUGGAUAUGUGAGGACUCAACACAGCAACAUGAUGACAAAUGUGAAUCUUGCAUGAAACACAGUCAAGAAUGUGGUCAGAAUUCAAAAAAUGGUAAAAAACAUUCCCCUCUUCAUGCCUAUCUCACUGACAACCUUAAAUGUUUUAAAUGUGAAAACAGUGAAACAUCUUUGCCAUAUUAUCUACAUUCACAACAUAUUUCAUCCAGUCAAAGGUGUCAUAUACCCAUGGGCUUUCUCGAGACACACUUCAAAACCUCCAGAAAUGGUGAAAAUCUUCGCGGUAUUUUGAAAGGAGCUGUCGACGAAUCGAUCGGUCACAACAGUAUAUACAACAUUAUAAUUUCUCUAUUAUGCUUUAAAUUGCCUACGCCACUUACCGCAGGGGACUUAUUCGGUUUUUUUUUGCGCUUAAGUGAAAACAUGAAGUGCAGUGUUACGAUUGUCGGACGUAAAGGUACCUCAGUCAUAGACAAGGAAACUAGCGUUGAAGGGGAACUUAUAAGCUUGAUCGAGGAUGCGCCUGGAAAUUAUGAUGGAUCAUUCCUCACGUUGGCCGCUGAGAAGCUGAGUGGCACGAAGCAUACAUCAUAUGGAGCUACUCACCUCAGCUGUUCUGCUAAUCUCCAUAGUUUAUAUGACAGUGAAAUGCCCAGAGGAGGCGGAAUUUGCGGGAAGUAUCUCUCUCCCGUUGCAUUGGGAAUAUACAACAUUUUGCGUCUGGAAUUUGCUGAAGUUUAUCUGUCGUGGUUAAUAUAUUUAACCGAUGAAUUCCAGAAUUAUUUAGAAGCAUUAGUCAAAGCAUUCAAAGGUAUCGAUUGUAAGAAAUCUGGUUGUAUGAGCUGCAACGGAACUAGCGCGUGUCAAAAGGGUAAACAUGCUACCGACCGUUGUAAUUGCCCAAACAUUGUAGAAUGCGCUGGCGUUCUUCCUUUAAUGCAUAAAUUUGGUUUCACUUAUAACAGUGCAGAGACUUUGAAGGGGUCUGCGGCCACGAAAGGCGUACAGGGUCCUGUCUCAAACAAUUCAAGAAGUUGUUCUGAUUUCUGCCAACAGCUGACUAAUGUCAAAGAUGGCCCAUUGAAUGAACUUAUUAUUGCAAUUGAUCAUUUCUUAUAUUCGAUUCGAGAGGGUUGUCUCAUCUAUCUCACUUGUUUUUGGUUCCUCGGAGUUUUGUAUCUUACCUAUGGUUUAACUAUCCCAUUGGAUGUGUUACGUCUUAAAUCUCACUUGAGAUUUUCCUACACUCAUAAAAUUUUGCCGUUCGCUCUGUUGGCAUGGAAAGCAGUUUCUCCAUCGAGUACUCAUUAUUUCAAACCCUAA